GAGCCAGUUCGUUUUCAGUUCUAUAACUUGACACUUCGGUUUCGAUUCGUUUCUUAAACACGAUCACCUUUAAAACCUUACCUUACGUUCAAAAAGAACGAUAUAAUUCUAAUAUUGGUAGCUAUUGUUAUGUUAAGACGGAUCUUAUUGAAAAAUAAUAUUAUUAUUAUCGAAUGUGUUACGGCAGCUGUGAAACGGUGUUGAAACGUAACGAAAACAUUGGACACGAAAAGUAGUGAGUAGUGGCGUUCGAAAAACGACCAAUUGCAAUGAUUAACGACGAAUGAAAUGAAGGAUCUCAAGAGUGUUUCGGUGCAAGUGAUCGACAGCGAUAUCGCCUUGCUGUUUCCAAACGGUGGCCUCUAUGAGAUCAAGCAAAUGGAGCCCAGGUCCUCUAAACUGAAGAGCGUUGUCAUCUUUUGCUGUUUUUUGGCUCUUUCCGGGAUCGUGGGCUUCGGAUAUUUCUGUCAAGACAGGGUUUGUGCAUUGCGUAGUCGAGAAUUUAUUCCGGCCGUUUUAAAUGAUGGAAUGGGCAAGCCGGUGAGAAAUUUGAAUAGCAAAACUGGUCUCAGCUACGACGAUAUGCUAAACGACGACUUCAGCUUCGAUAUGGACUCACACGACGUAAUGGUCUUCUUGCACAUGCAAAAAACGGGUGGAACAUCAUUUGGUCGUCACUUAGUCCAUGAUUUAGAUUUACAACGACCGUGCACCUGUCCUUUAACGAGAAAACGAUGUUAUUGUUUCCGGCCGCAUUCGAAUCAAAGUUGGUUGUUUAGUAGAUACACAACGGGUUGGAAAUGUGGUUUACACGCCGAUUGGACGGAAUUAACAAAUUGCGUGGAUGAGAAAUUAGAUGAACUUGAAGGUUUUAUCGCGAAGCGACGAUAUUUUUACAUAACUUUACUCCGCGAGCCGGUUUCGCGAUAUUUAUCCGAGUUCAGACACGUUCAAAGAGGUGCCACGUGGAAAGGUGCUCGACAUUAUUGUAAAGGCCGAAACGCCACAAAAAAAGAGGUCGCACCUUGUUUUGCAACUGACACUUGGGAGGAUGUUGGUCUCGAUGAAUUUAUGGCAUGCGAUUCAAAUUUGGCAGCUAAUCGUCAAACGAGAAUGUUGGCCGAUUUAGAAUUGGUCGGUUGUUAUGAUAAAUCGUAUAUGCCGGAAGCGGAAAGGGAUCGGGUGAUGUUGGCGAGUGCUAAAAGAAACCUCCAAUCGAUGGCAUUUUUCGGUUUAACGGAACACCAAAAAAUCUCGCAGUACAUUUUCGAAGAAACGUUCAAUUUGAGAUUUGGUGUUCCGUUCGAACAAAAUAACGCGACGAUUUCUAGUAAUACGAUGCCAACUUUGACGGCAGCUCAAGCGACGAAAAUCGCACGAUUGAACGCGUUAGAUAUCGAACUGUACGAGUUUGCGAAGGUGUUGUUAUUUCGACGGUUUCAAAAGUUAAAAUCGAGGGAUGUUAAUUUUCGGACGAGAUUCGAACAUUUAGGUGAACUGCCGAAUCGCGGUACGGAAUUCGAUUGGGAUAAAUUGGAAACGGACGCUACAUCAAAUAAUUCGCAAUCUUCAUAGGAGUUUAUUUAAAAUAAUGAUAAAAAUCGUUUUUUGAGGUUAUUUUUUUGGAGUUAUGCACCUAUUAAAAAUAUACUAUUGUGCUAGUUAUACGGAAUUGAAUUGAAAAUAUUAAUUACAUUACAUUAAUUAGAUUUAUUUUUAAAAAGAGCAUAACAAAAAAAUGUUUCUUAUAAAAUUGACAAUAAGAUUGUUUCUUCUAGCACAACACUUUAAGUAACCCUACAACACACUUAACUAAUAAACAACAUUGUUGUUUUUCGCCGAAAAUAUAAAUGAUAAACGUUAAAAAUAAUUAAGGUUGAAAAUAUUAAAGGGUAAAAAAAUUAAUUAACUUAAUAAAUUCCAAACGUGUAUAUUUGCACUGACAAAUCAUUUUAUCUCAUAUCACCUUAAACGUAAUAAUAAUAAACUAUUUAGCCUAACUAUUUUAUUUAGCAUGACGAGAUCUUGAUUGUCAUAGGUUAUAGGAAGUAAACCCGAAAAUUUAUUCAGGGUAAAAUACACGUUGAGAUGUUCAUAUCACAAAGUUGUUUGAAGUUUUUAUCGUAGAAAGAAACGAUUUUUUAUGAAUAAAUUUUAAAUCACGAAGGCAGGAUUAUUAACAUGGUUCUUGUGAGAUUAUUGCUCAAUUUUUUGAUUGCAAUUGGCCGCUGCUUUUAAAACGUUGCUAGUCGCAUCAAAAUCGGUAACUAAAUAAUUACUAAUUAUUAAUAAUAAUUUAUUAUGAGAUUUCUAUUACUGAAGUAGUAAUAGAGUGCUUCCUUUUUUAUAAUGGGGGAUAUUUGAAUAUUAAAUUUUCAAGUGUAUAAAAAUAGCACAAUGUAUACACGUGAAAAAGAAAAAAGUAACAAAAUAAAACGCGAUAAAUCUGUCAAUUAACGAAUGUGGAUACAAAAAAAUAACUUGGAAAAAAAUGAUCACAUCGACCUAAAAAAAGGAAAAAGAAAAUACUUGUGUGUGUGGUUUUUUUAAAUUAUGAAAUAUAUAAGUAUUUCUUUUACGAUUAUAAAAAGAUACCAAAGAAAAAUAAACACAAAACGCCUACUUUAAGUGGACUUUAUUUUAAAUAAAUUUUUUUAAUUUUAUAGUUUUAAAACAGCUAACAUUGUGAUAGUUAUUUUAAAUUCAAGACCUUUUUUACGGUUUCUUUUUAUUGCUAGUAUUAAAUUUUUCAGAUUAAUGGAACUUUUUAGUGCAAUAAGUUUAUUUUACUAAAAAAAGAAACACUACGAAAUUCGUUACAAAAAAAAUCUAAUUUUUUAUUAAGUACUUACAAAAUAAUUUAAAAAAAAGGUUGCGUAGAUAUAUACCAUUUCUAUUAUUAUUAUGUUAAGUUAAAUUCGACUGAUGUUCAGUUUAUAAAACUGUGUUCAAUAACGAAAAAGUAAACUUCAUUUGUAAGUUAUCCCGUUUAUAUUGAGUUAUGUGUAAGUGUACUUGCAUGAUACAUAUUAAAAAAAAAUGUGUAAUAUAGAAAUCUAAUUUUUUAGAUUGAAUAAAGCGUUUUGUAAGUAA